GUACCAGAAAUCAACGAACAUUUCCUGUUCCACGGAACAAAACCGGAAAGGGUGGAAGCGAUUAUAGCCGGAGGUCUUGACUUCCGGAUGUCCGGACAGGGUAUGUUUGGAAGGGGGAUCUAUUUGGCGGAAAACUCGACAAAGGCUGACCAAUACACAGACUGGAUCUGGCAAAGAGGAAAAGAAGAAGGAAGGAAUGACACAAAGACGAUGUUUUUAGUCCGAGUUACUCUCGGUCGUCUGUUUGUGGGCCCGGAUGACGGCACAGCCCGGGACUUCACCCGUCCUCCCUGUACCACCCAUGGCUGUGCGAGAUUCGAUUGUAAUCACGUGGAACGGUUCGACUCUGUGAUUGGUGGCACGUCCAAGCACAAGAUGUUCCGGGAAUACGUCAUCUAUGACAGGUUCCAGGCCUAUCCGGAAUACGUCAUCACAUAUUCCAGGAUUCAUUGAUUAUCGCUGUGUUUGGAUACAGC